CAAAUUUAUCACUUCUCUAAAACUUUUGGGGACCAAAUUCCCAAAUCUUCUAAAUCCUAACUGCGGUCGUCCUUCUUCUUCACUCAUACUGUCCGAAGCUGUGCGGUUUGCGGUGGCGGCGCUGCUCAUCUUCAACGGCAAAAAGAUGGAAAUCAAGGCAGAUGGAAGUGAUGGAUCAUUGGUUUUAAUCAAGCAAGGAGCUGAGGCUAGGGUAUUUGAGUCAACAUUUGUGGGUAGUAGAAGGUGUAUUAUCAAGGAACGGUUUUCAAAGAAAUACAGGCAUCCGAUUUUGGACUCAAAGCUCACUCUUAAACGGUUGAAUGCGGAAGCAAGGUGCAUGACAAAAGCUAGACGGCUUGGUGUUGUCACUCCAGUGUUGUAUGCUGUUGACACUGUUAUGCACACUCUCACCUUUGAAUAUGUUGAAGGUCCUUCGGUGAAAGAUAUAUUGCUUGGCUUUGGACUAGUUGGAGUUGACGAAGAACGAAUGGCUGAUAUUACAACACAGAUUGGUAAUGCUAUUGGAAAACUACACGAUGGUGGCCUAGUCCAUGGCGAUUUGACAACAUCAAACAUGUUACUGAGGAGUUCUGCCAAUCAGCUGGUGCUGAUUGACUUUGGUCUAAGCUUUACUUCAACGCUUCCAGAAGAUAAAGCAGUUGAUUUAUAUGUACUGGAACGUGCUUUACUCUCUAUGCACUCUUCUUGUGGAAAUGUGAUGGACCGUAUACUUGCUGCAUAUAGGAAGUCCUCAAAGCAAUGGUCAUCAACCUUGAACAAGCUAGCGGAAGUGAGGCAAAGAGGAAGAAAGCGCACAAUGGUUGGUUGAGUUUCUGCAGUUCUGCACUCCACGUGGAGUGAUGACAUGGGGCAGGAGAAAGCUUAAGACUGCAAAGACCAAUCUGUAUUCUUGAUUAUUGUAGUGUGGGUGAUGCUACUCAUGUUAAUUGUUUGAAUUUGCCUUGUAUCUACUAUUAUCUGCAUUCUUAUUCAACCCGUAGAAGAAACUGCUGCCUUGGUAAUUGGAUUAUUUGUAGACGAAUCUCUGUUAAGGUUGAUCCAAACGACAACGUUUACACAUUUUACAACUCAUCAUGCAUGUUCUUCAAAUCCCAAUAGUUAUAAGCUACUAA